GGUGCCCAUCAAAGCUGCUCGUUAUCUGCUCUCGCCCUCCAGCUCAUCGAUUUUCUGUUAUUUUUCUUCUUCGCCGUUUCGCGGUGCUGGUAGCCGGCUGACCACCGACUCGCUGUCUCUGUAACGCAGUCUCGCCCGCGCUCGCGCCGUCCCCGCCCGAACUGGUCCGCUCCCGGUUGUCUGGCGGCUUGUUUGCGUUCCAACGCUCUCCUGCACUCGCUUGACCUCCUCUUCGUCCAACCACAAAACAACAGUUCGCGGUUGCGCUAAACUCAAUUACGAAACAGGGCCCACGACUCACGACCUUGCCAGGAGACACAAGAUAUGGCAGAUUCGGCGACAGAAAUCGAUCUCGAUUCGGUCAUUGACCGCUUGUUGGAAGUGCGAGGCAACCGACCAGGAAAGCCCGUCCAACUUCAGGAAUACGAAAUCAAAUAUCUCUGUACGAAAGCCCGAGAGAUUUUCAUCAACCAACCUAUCCUGCUGGAAUUAGAAGCACCAAUUAAGAUAUGCGGCGACAUCCACGGCCAAUAUUAUGAUCUUCUGCGCCUCUUUGAAUACGGAGGCUUCCCACCAGAAGCCAACUACCUCUUCCUCGGCGACUACGUGGAUCGGGGUAAACAGUCCCUGGAGACCAUCUGCCUCCUCCUUGCCUACAAAAUCAAGUACCCCGAAAACUUCUUCAUCCUCCGGGGUAACCACGAGUGCGCCAGCAUCAAUCGGAUAUACGGCUUCUACGAUGAGUGCAAGCGUCGGUACAACAUCAAACUAUGGAAGACGUUUACGGACUGCUUCAACUGCCUGCCGAUAGCUGCCAUCAUCGAUGAGAAGAUAUUCUGUAUGCAUGGAGGUUUGAGUCCCGAUCUGCAGUCGAUGGAGCAAAUUAGGAGGGUGAUGAGGCCUACGGAUGUCCCAGACACAGGGCUGCUUUGCGACUUACUAUGGUCCGAUCCAGACAAGGACAUCACAGGCUGGUCAGAGAACGAUCGUGGGGUCUCGUUUACGUUUGGUCCGGAUGUGGUGUCAAGGUUCCUGCAAAAGCACGAUAUGGAUCUCAUAUGUCGAGCGCAUCAGGUCGUCGAAGACGGGUACGAAUUCUUUGCAAAGCGACUGCUUGUGACGUUGUUCUCGGCACCCAAUUACUGCGGAGAGUUCGACAACGCGGGCGCGAUGAUGAGUGUAGACGAGACACUCUUAUGUUCAUUCCAGAUUCUCAAGCCUGCGGAGAAGAAAGCCAAAUAUCCAUAUGGCGGAAUGAACAUGGGUCGCCCGGUUACACCACCGCGCAAACAGAAGAAAAAGGACGCUAGUAAGAUCUGAUGGGCCCGGUCCCUCGAUCCGAACGUAGACCUUUUCUUCACCUUGGUUGUUUGUUAUUAUAUGCGGCUGGCAGGGUUGGUGUAACAUAGUAGAGGGUAGCCGGCUCGGCGAUGUACUGAUGCAGCAGAAUAAACAUGGGCAAAACCGAGGGACCGAGGCGCCGCGCACUACUGCCGUGGCGGAGAUGUGAUGGGUGUAAUGUAUCGCGAUGCUGGCCGGGGCUGGGGGAUAUAGAAGAAGAACAAAGGUGAAAGGCGAGACUGCACGCGGAUGGACCUCGAUGUUACAUUGUUCCAAGCAAUCUCCUAUUUUCUUCUCUCUUCUCCCCCAUUGCCCCUCGCUCCAGCAUCCCCAUAUCUAUUUCGCGCUCUAUCGGACUCGUAUUAUCCUCAUAAUCCCUUAUUUUGUUAUUUCUCGUGAUGACUUCAUGCACAUGCACGCACAUGCCGGAGACCCCCUACGACGUUCCUAACGAUCCCCCGUUUUUGUGUAUAGUUGGUGAAGCUGCGGGUUCCUCUAGGGCUGCCCUCCGCUCCUUUCUCGUUUUCUUUUCUCCCUGUUUUGACAUCAUCGUACCCUUUCUCUGAUCUUUAUCCUCUGCUUCCGGCUCUAAUGUGAGAAUAAGUUACAGUACAAUUCGUUUACCCUUCCUUUAUGUAUACAUGUGAC